UCGUUCUCUCAACGCGGUGUGUGUCGAUCGUGUGAUGUGCGCGCUUCGUCGUAAUUAACAUCGCCACAAAUAUUUUUCGUUGUGAUACACAUAAUAAACAUUGAUAUUAUCACUAAAAGUUAAUCAAAUUCUCAGUCAAAAAUCUACUUCUAGUGACUUUCUCGGACAGCAAUGCGUGCAGCGACGUGCCCUACAUUAAAAUAUAGUUAGGUUACCGAAAGAAAGUUUUAAAAAGUUUUAUUUUGUUGUGUCAUGUUUAAAUGUGGAAGAUGGGUGUUUUAAGAGUUGAAAUAGUGUUGUUACUGAACCUGUUGUUGGUCAGUGGGGACGUAACAAAUAACGAUGUGAGUGAGCAUUCUUUGGAGUUGACCCAGUCCUUGAACUUGGCUCGUCAAGAGUUGAUUCAGGAGACUUGUCGACGGUUUCCUCCAAGGUACGGGUUGGAUGAGCUACCUCCAAGCCAAUUGGAGCAUAUAUUGAUAGACGAGGAACAUAAACUGCUUUACUGCUAUGUGCCAAAGGUGGCUUGUACAAACUGGAAGAGGAUCCUAAUGAUACUGGCCGGCAAAUGGAACGACACAGAUGUUUUGUCCAUCACAGCCAGUAUUGCCCACACACCUGGAAUGUUCCGGAACUUGAGCACAGUCAGCCGUCCUGAAAGAGAUUACAUGUUGGAGAACUACCACAAAAUGGUCAUAGCCAGGAACCCUUUUGAAAGGCUCUUGUCAGCUUAUAGAAAUAAAUUAGAGGGUGAUUUACCAAGUGCCAAAUAUUUUCAGGAUCGUGUCGGAAGACGUAUCAUCAAGGCAUACCGCGAGAAUCCGUCCAAUGAGUCCCUGGAAUUCGGUCAUGAUGUCACGUUCAAGGAGUUUGCGCUUUUCCUCACCAACCGCUCCGAGGAGUUGGCUGAUGUCGUGAACAACGAACACUGGCAGCCCAUCACUAAUCUGUGCCAUCCGUGCCUCAUCAAGUACACUUUAGUUGGCAAAUACGAAACCUUGGUAGACGAUUCGCAGCUGGCUCUGCACACCAUCAACGCCUCCCACAUCCAGUUCCCUCGCCUGGAUCAUACUUCAGGGACCGCAGAGAAACUCCACAGGUACUUCUCUCAACUAGAUCUGCCCCUCAUCAGGCGGCUUUACAAGCUAUACAAACAUGACUACAGGAUAUUCAACUACGAUCUAGACAACAUUGUCGGUUUUGACCUAGGGUAGAUCUAGAAUGUUCGUUUUAGGUCAUGCCUUAGCUUCUACAGCUAGAUGCCGACACGGGGUGACAGCGUCGGAUUGACUGUGAUCAGUACUUUGUUUGACUCCAUUUUUUAUUUGGUCAUUCUGAGUUUUGACGGGUCUGGUCAAACUAAGUUUUACUUCGAUGAUAUCGUUUCUAUAUGGUUUGAAUAGAAUGCAGGUACGUUUACUUUAAAUCAAACUAAAAUCUCUGGUCUUUAAUUGUUAAGUUGUCCGAUCCUUAUUACAUUUUUGAUUUUUGCCGUGAAUUUCGCCUUUUAAGUUUUCAUUUAUCUACGAAUGACAUCACUUUCUUCCAGUGAGACUAUAAUUAACCCAGUAUUUAAAUGUAAAAUAGUAAAAAAUACAUUCUAGAUUUAAAUUAUACAUACAAAUACAUGUUGAAAGUUGUGUUCAUACAAAAAUUACCUUGUUAAUUCCCAUUUAGCAAAAAAUGUAUGUCACAUAGUCAUUUGAUUAGCAGUUAAUCCGUCACGCUCUUGCCCCGGUCGCUAUAAAGCCCGAAUAUAAAGAAAAAACUAACAAUAUAGGUAGGGUAAUUAUUACAUGCAAUGUUAUGUACAAUUAGGUAUUGCGUUUAUUAGUCAUAAGUGUACCUUAGAAAAGAGAUCUGAUUCACUAUGCAGUUGACCUAUUUUACCGAUUUCAAAGAAGUUAGAAUGGUUAAAAAUUUGAAGUAGUCAGGUGCGUUCAUAGAUAUGUAUUACUAAAGUCCGAUAUGAGGAUUAUCUUCAACGCUUAUCUGAAGCAAUAAAUACAUUCGAUGACUGCAUUAGAUUACGACAUCCAUUUAAAUGUGAACCGAGAUAUCGAGUUUAAUUGCUACCCAGAAACACGGAAUAGUAAAAACUGUUUUACUUGACAGUGCCCAGAAAGUAUCGAUAUUGUAGGUACUGUCCGGAAAGUAAAUAGAAUGGAUAUGCAUAUAGUCGAUGGUGGUUUACAAGUACAAUUAAAAAUACUUUUUGUAAAGUAUCUAUUGGAGGUAAAGAAUCGUGCAUAAUUUUAGAAGCAGAUUUAGAAAAAAAUGCAACCUGACCAAUUAGUCUUUCGUUAGUUAAACAUUCGUUAUGGUGCUUAAAAUAUAAUAAGAUUAGGUAGAGUAUACGUAUGGUACUUAAAUCUUAACGUCAUGGAAUUUCUUGAGUACAAUCGUAACACUUAGUAAUUAGAAAGUUAUAAUUAGUUGUUAUUAACACUGGCACGUUUCUCUGUAAGUCCGAAAUGGGAUUUCUUAAACUGGCGUACUCACAGGUUCGACUUUAAAUCAUAUUACUGUGGUGAUAAGGUUGAAAAUAUAAAUUCCAAUUGUGCCCAAUCUUAUAAUUUUUAAAUUGUCUGUACAUUUCCAAAAGUACCAAUAUUUCUUGUAAAUAUGAAAUAAGGUUUUGCCUUUAUCCUUCAAAAAGGUUGUGUUUGAUUAAAUUGUACAAAAAAAUCAUUGUGUUUAUUAAAAUUUAAAAAAAGCAUAAGUACAUGCAUAUAUUGUCAUAACAUAGUUGUAAUAUACUGGUGUGGUCAGUCUAGAGAUUUUGUUUUAGCGAGAUAACUUUAUUUUGUACCACGUUAACCCUUUGAACGCUGACGUCAACUGGACAUUACAUUUAUUUUUGAAUUGCAAUGUAAAUCAUUUUAAAAAUAAAUCUUGUAUCAGUUAUUUACAGAAUUUAUCAUGAUUUUUAAUUAAUAAAUUAAGCGUUCAGUGGGUUAGGGGAGAUAUUAUUAACUAACAAUUUUGUUGAUUAACAUUCCACAAUGAUAUUCCAAAGCUCCCUGUGAUAAGCUCUGAUGCUAGGCUUAAUUAAUAUUUUGAUAACAAUUGUUUUAAUGACGUAGGUACGUUUGAUAAGGAUUUUUAUCAUAUGUAUCACCUCGCUUUCCAAUGUUUUAUUAAUUGUUUAUGCUAAUGAGUACCUAGAGCUAUCGAUAUUGUAACAGAUUUAUGUAGGUAUAUACGAUUUCAAUGUAAAUAUAAUAUUCAAUCAUAGUAUUACCAUAUAUACUUACUGUUAUUUUUAAUAUUUAUGUUAUGUAUUUUCUAAUAUUUAGGUGCUGUCAUUAUUUAUUAUACCGAUUGAUUAUAUUAACUACUGAUGAUAAUGUAUGUAGAAUGAAAAAAGUAGACAAAACUUUCAAGUAUUCUACUUCUUGUGAAUAAUUGGAUAUUUUUCCGUUCAUUAUCCAGAUGUGUAUAUCUUACACCAUUCAACUGCAGCCGUAGGGUUAUUUACUAUUUCGCUUAGUCAAUGCUUGACAUCACUUGUGCCAAAAUAGACGUUUCUAGAUCAUACUUGUUUUUUACCUAUUUGAUUUUGCAAUUACUUAUUGUAGGUGUCUAUAAUGCAAUUCUUUUUUUUGUACGUUCAACAAAUUUUGAAACCAAUUUAGCAUAAGUGAUGUAAUGUUUCCUACAUGUCUUUUUAUACAAUUUAAAGAUUAUUUUUUUUUUGUAAAAGAUAACACUCAACAAUAUCUUGACGCAUUUGGUUAUUUUUAUCAUCGUUUUUGGUGUCAAAAGUCGCUGCAUUUUAAAGAUAAAAUGAAUGAAGAUGAAUGAUAUUAAAUAUAUUUACAUAGUUGAUAUUAAUAUAAAUUCUCAUUAUAUUUAUCUUCAAGUGUGAGGAGAAUUGUCAGUGUCUUUAAAAUGUACUUUUUCCUCUAGACAACCUUGAAAAUGUCAUUAAUUAGUACAAACAUUAAACCAGUCGUUACUACGGAAGAAAAAUAAAAGAUAGAAAAAAAGUAUAUAAGGUAGAAAAUCUUAUAUGCCGUCAUAGUUAACUCUGAAAAUUAAUUGCGUACUUGUAGCUUAAGCUUGAAAUUAAAUGAGCCAAUUUCUAUUCCGCUGGUAGGUAGUGGCUUUCCUCUUAUUUUCCUCAUAUUCAAACAGUGACAUCAGUCAAGUUUAUAAGUGUGUACAUAAAUUCUUCCUUUCGAUUUCAAUUAUUUUAUUCUUCUUUACAAUUGCAGUACAUAUUUUAAGCGAUCUGCAUGUCUUCAUAUUUACUCAGUCAUAUCAUUAUUUCGUUUCUUUCUUCCCUGCGUAUGGAUACUCAAUAUUGGUGCUAUAUAAUAAUAUGCCAUGGUAACCUUUAUUGUAAUUGUAAUAAAGUCUUAAAUGGCAUAACUUAAAUGUUAAUUAUUUUAAUGAAAUGUAUAUAAAUUAAGUAGUUAUUUGAACAAUUGUAUAAGGUGUUAAUUUUCGUUUUAUUGAUAUUCACGAAAACACGUCAUCGCUGAGUUUGCGAUGAAUAUUUUUGUAACAAUUUUAAAGAUUAUUCCAAUUGGUGUGAAAAUAACACUAGAUUUUAUUGAAAAUACAUUUUGCGUUUUGAAGUCUA